AUGGUGGGAUGGAGAACUCUUGGCAUCUUGCUAGGGUAUGAGAUCCUUUGGCAUGGGGCCGGUGCAAGAGUCGCUGGCGAGUCAAUCAACGACUUGACAGUUGCCGAGCCCGUAACUGCCAUUAUACUUGGCACCUUGGGAGCACUGGGCUCGUCAUAUUCCAUACGGAAGUCGGUGGAAUCGCUGGUCAGCAACAAGAAGCAAGACGCCGCAGCGGUGAAGCUCGUCCAGGACAUGACAGAGACUUCCGAGAUGCAUUGCAGGCUGCUCGGCGACAUCGAUGCCAUGCUCUACGCCGCGCAGCUCGGCCUUGAGGAGCUUCUCCAACAUGACCAGGCGGAGCAGCAGGUGCGGCAAGCGUGUGCAGACGAGCGGAGAAUGCAACACAUGCAAGACACCAUGGCGCGAAGCCUUCAAGACGAGUGCUCGAAGCUGGACGCCAUGGAGUUUCCUGCGCAGCUCGCAGAGUGCAGGAGUCAUCUCCCAAAAAACUGGACAUACCUGGAAUGCGGCCAGACCUCGCUGGAGGAAGCCUGGUCACAUCGACUGUUCUUAGCCAAGUUGCGGCGAUUUCGUCUCGACGCCCUCCUCUCUAGCUGGUGUGACGUCACGGCGGGAUUCCAGCGCCGUGCGCCGAAAGCAACAGAAGCGCUCCUGGGCUCACCGGUAUCACAAAGCUCCCUCGGUCAAGGCCUUCAUGGGCGCGGGCAGGCACAAUUCAUUGGUCUUUUCGGUCUGGCAACAUCGACACUGGGCCUGGUAAGCUUUGCCUUUUCCUUGUACGAGUCUGAAGUCGGCGAGAAGCGCGGCUUUGGCAUCCUGUUUGAUUUCCUGCAGACCCAGCACGCAGCUCAGCGGAAGCGGCUUUGCCAGGAUCUCACCCGGCACUGGCUGCAGGCCAGUGAGAUUUAUGCGUGGAGUCUAUCAAUGAGAUCGGACCUCUACUUCCAGAAUGGUUUCAUCGAGCCGUCGGAUCCAUCUGCCUUGGACACCUGGCCCCUGGAGACCCGAAGCAAGUGGGCCUGCGUCCAGUCUACGCGCUGCCUGGUUCCAAUGGCUCCAGGUGAGGUCGCAGACCCUGCUUACCCCAAGCAAGCUGGGGCGUGUCGAAGCGGCUCUUUCUUUCGUGUGUGUGGGAAUGGAGGCUCAACCGUGACAACCAUGGUCCCUCUCGCGUGCUUCUCCGUCUCCUUUGCCAAGCUCAAUGUCCUUUCCAGACGUUUCUGGACCCUGACGUUCCGGUCCAAGAACGAUCAAAACGUUGACCCAGGAGCAAUGGACCAUGAUUACAAUGCCUCCGAGUGCAACAGGCCUCUGAUACAGUUUAUUGAGGGUUACCGUUCAUUGGAGCAAGCCCGUCGAAACCUUCAGCAAGCGUGCAGGAACACAACUGCAGAUUAG